GGCAGCGCCCUGGUGUCGCGAUGUCGGUCCUUUCUCUGCCGCGCACGCAGCCCCUGCUCCAGUGCCUUUCCCUGCCUUGGCUGAACGUCAGCUCGCUCUGCCCAUUGCGUCUGCUCAGCUCCUGCCGGCUGACAGAUGGCCGUGACCAAGCGGCUGGCCGCUUGCCUGGCGCCUCGAGUUCACCUACAGAUGCUCAGUAACGCUGACACCAGUGCUGGGGCUGCUGCUGACGCUGCUGUUGCUGUUAUUGCCUCUACUGCUACUGCUGUUACUGCUGCCACUGCUACUGCUACCAGUGCUACCGCUGUUACCAGCGCUGCUGUUUCUGCUGUUAGUGCUGUUACUGCUGCAGCUCCUACUUCUACCACCGCUACUGCUGUCACUGCUGCUGCUGCGGCUCUGGCGUGGGGCUGCAUCCCGGUCACUGGCCUGGAGCUGCGGGCAGCCUGUUAGCCAGGGUGGCCACGGUCGAGGGAAUGCGACAGGAGCCCCGGAGGUCACAGCAGCGGGGCUGAGCCUGGGCAUCGGCAAAUAAAACGCCAAGCCAGCUGGGGGUCUGUAAUGCAAGCGGCGUUUCCAGGUCUCCUUUCGGCUUUGCUGUCACCCUGCUGCUGGAUUUGAGAUCAUGUCAGUUAAUAUUGUAGCCUUUGGGAAUGAAAGAGAUGGGUUUUCUGAGGACAAUCAGCAGCCGAGCCUGUUCUGGAGCUAUCUCAGGAGAAGCGCUCUCAUUUCCCAGAUCGACAGCAGCUUGUCUGCCAGUCACGUCGGAAACCCAGUUUUUACCGAGUAUCAAGCCUGCAUGUUCGGCAAUGUCAGGCUGGUGGUACACGACUGUCCUCUCUGGGAUAUAUUUGACAGUGACUGGUACACCUCUCGCAGUCUCAUUGGAGGAGCUGAUAUUAUUGUGAUUAAAUACUCCGUCAAUGACAAGACUUCAUUUCAAGACAUAAAGGAGAGUUAUGUCCCAAUGAUAAAAAAGGCAUUAAACCACUGCUCAGUUCCAGUAAUAAUUUCUGCUAUUGGUGCAAGAAAAAACGGAGUGCCUUGCACCUGUCCUCUGUGCACUUCGGACAGGAGGAGCUGUGUCACCACCUCCGAGGGUGUUCAGCUUGCCAAGGAACUGGGAGCCACUUACCUCGAACUGCACACUCUCAAUGACUUCUACAUACAGAAGUACUUUGGAGACGUGCUGGAAUAUUUUAUGAUCCAAAGUUUGAAUCAGAAGUCGUCUGAAAAGAUGAAGAAAAAGAAAAAGACGCAGAAGUGCCAUCGAGUUCAACCACCGCAGCUCGAACAGCCAGAAAAAAUGCCAAUCUUGAAGGGCGAAGCCUCGCACUAUGACGCGGACCUGCACAACCUGCUCUGCUGCUGCCAGUGCGCAGACGUGGCGUUUUGCCCUGAAGACCUCAGCACGGUGGUGGAGGCCCACAAGGUCAUCCUCUGCUCUGCCAGCCACCUCUUCAUGCUGCUCUUUGAGGUGAAGAGCCCCGCCGACAUCCACGAUGCCUCCAUCGUGCACAUGGCGCAGAGCCUCUUCGCGGUGGAGGAAGGGGCUGCCCGCGGUGUCCCACCCGGCGUCCCGCCAGUGAGGGUGGUGGUGAAGGACGCCAUCUUCUGCUCUUGUCUGCCAGACAUCCUCCACUUCAUCUAUUCAGGUGCUUUCCAGUGGGAACAAUUAGAAGAAGAUAUAAAAAAGAAGUUGAAGGAUCCAGAAAAAACUGAACAUGUGCUUGAGAAAGUUAAAUGUAUCCUGAAAACUCCAGGGAAGCUAAACGCUGUAAAGGACUGCAGAUCUCACCAGAUAAAGCGGCUGUAUAACACCUCUCUCAGGCUGUUCUUUAAUACGCCUGUCCUAGCUGAUGUCAUCUUCAAAAUACAAGGUGCAACUGUACCAGCCCACAGAGCAGUUCUGGUAGCUCGCUGUGAGGUAAUGGCAGCUAUGUUUAAUGGUAAUUAUCUAGAAGCAAAUAGUGUUCUCGUUCCAGUGUAUGGGGUUUCCAAAGACACUUUCCUCUCCUUUCUAGAGUAUCUUUAUACCGACUCCUGCUGCCCAGCCAGUAUUCUCCAAGCCAUGUCUCUCCUGAUCUGCGCAGAGAUGUACCAAGUAAUGAGACUCCAGCAUAUUUGUGAGCUUUACAUUAUCACGCAGCUUCAGAGCAUGCCUAGCAGGGAGCUGGCAUCCACAAGUCUCAGCAUUGUCAGUUUGCUCAAAAAAGCUAAGUUUCACAAUUCUGAUUGCCUUUCAACUUGGCUUCUUCAUUUUAUUGCCACUAACUACCUCAUCUUCAGUCAAAAGCCUGAAUUUCAAGAUCUUUCAGCGGAGGAGCGCAAUUUUGUAGAGAUGCACAGGUGGCCUUCCCACUUGUACCUGAAGCAGCUUGCUGACUACAGGAACUACGUCCACUCCCAGAAAUGCCACUGCGCGGUGAUGUGAGGAGGCUGAGCGGGCCCCAAGUGCGCCUCCACCGGGAAAUUUCAGACUGGGAAUUACGCACAGGAUAAAAAUCACGCCGGGAGCAAACCCAGAUGCUGGUGUGCCCUGGCACGCUGUGCGCCGUAGCGCUGCAGCGCGCUUACUGACCUCCUUUGCUUUGAUAAUGAACGGCUCGACUUCUCUGCUUAAAGCACUGAGGAAUGUGUCGUGAAGAUUUAUUUCAAGCACAAGGAUUUCACACCUAUGGGGAUUAAACACAGUGUGGGACAGUGUCAUGACUGUCAUCUGUUCCCGCUUCUAUUUUCUUUAUUGGUUAUUUUAUUGUUUUUUUUGGUUAUUUUUGACUGCUGAGACAGCAGCUGUUGAAAGCAGAUUUUUUUUGUAAAUCUGUGUGCAAGAGUAGCGCAGUAGUAGUGCAGGGAAGCUGAGAAGCCAACUCGUAAGUUCUGUAAGUAUUUCAGAAUGCAAAAAUUUACUGCAGCAUCUGCUGGUUUGCGAAAUAAAGGGUAGGCUUAAUGAGCAUUUUAGUUACUAUUCAUUUUCUACUUCAAGUUGUCUGUAGUUCCUUUUACUGAGACUCUUACAGUCAUACGACUUAUUCCAGAGGAAUACCUAUGCAUCACUACAUUCUGUAGUGCCUCUCAAAUAUCUAAAAAUUGAAAUAAUUUCUCCUCCCAGUAAAUAGCAGAGGAAAGUCUGCUUUAAUAAUCUGUAGAACACCUUUGGUAGUGUGGUCAUAUUAUAUUUUUCCUCCUGAGAAAAAAAGUCAGGAAGAGCUCAGAGCGUACCCAUACGGUGCUGCUAGGGACUGGGAGGAACGGGAGGGGGGUCAGCAGCCUUUCGUAGGUUUUGUGGGAGAAGACUCAGUGGCACUCGUGACUUUUUUGGGAAAAAUGGGUCUCGUAAUCCAAGGCAUCCCCCUGGUCACUGACAGCGUAAAUGCCCCAUGUGCUGGUCGUGGAGGGAGAGGACCCACAUGACCAGCCCUAUGGGGAACGUCGGCUUUUGUGACGGGACCUUGAGCUUGACCCUCCCCAGCGGAGAUGCAGUUUAAAUUUAAUUAUAUCACGGGCUCAUAAACUACACCGGGCGAGACAAACCCGAUUGUGUUUUCUGGCUGCCUGGGGUCUUGCGCAAGGGUAACAGAGAAAUCCUGAGUGUUAUGACUAGGAUGACCCUUGCAGACGCUAUUGAGAGUUUUCUUGACCUAAAUCCUUGGUUUGUUGUGCCACUAACUUAUAGGUAUGUUGUAACGUUAAUGACAGAAUGAACCCAACCUUUACAUAAGGGUGUCUACCGAGCACGGGUACUUUUCUGCACCUGAAAUCUUAUUGAGGAAGUAAACCCUUCAUUGUCAGUUUUGUUGUACUUUAAAUUGUGCUUUGGCAGCUGCCUUUAAUUUUGGUAUGUAAUCUGAGCCUAGAAAAACAAAGAAAGUACACUGAACGUAUCAUUCAUCGUUUCCCCAACGUCCACAGUAGGCCAGCUCAAACGUACCUGGAAACUGCAGCUGUGAGACGAAGAUGGAACAGCAAAUUGCUGCAGCUGAAUCUUUUUUUUUCAGUAAGAACUGUUUUUGUAUUUCAAACCAGUUUUAUAGGUGAGCUGUUCUUUUCAAAUUCCAUCCUAGAGUCAUAGGCUUUUUUUUUUGCUUGGUUUUCUGGUGACAUUUUGCAGAGGUUGAGAGGGUAUUUCUUAUUUUUGGACACAAAAAAAAAAAAAAAAGAGCUUGUGACUCAGCUGGCUGCUGCAGGCUCAGAAUUCUGAGGUUAGUUUUAUGUAAGAGUGAGAAUUCAUUUUUAUUUUUAAUUUCUCAUCUGGAGAUCCUAAAGUUCUUUAAAAGAUGAGAUGUACUUAUCGACAUCUUCCAUAUAAGGAGUCUAAAAUAUAGAGCAUUACGUUGCUUUCCCAAGACCACUAAUGAAAACUGAAAAUGUUAAAGCAAAAAAUGACUAGGAAAGUAAUAUGUAUUGAAAUUAAAUGUGAAAAAAAGGUUAUUUCCUAUCACUAUAGUACAAAUUUUAAAAAUUAAGCCUAAGUGGAUAGAUAUGAAUAGAACUUAGUGGUUUUUGAAGCAUGAAGUCGUGAACAAAAGUGAGCGUGCAGCUGCCUGGACGCCUGACAGUCACAGCACGUGCUUCUGCCGGCAGCCGCUCAAUUACCCAAAGUAUGGAUUAUACGCCUCAUACUGACUUCUUGUACAAAACUGAUAUAAAGGAUGUGUGAAUGUUCGUCUGCGUUGCAUGUAGUCCGAAAUUUUUAGUAUUUUGAAAGCUUUCCCAGGUUUUUGGUAGAAGUUCGUCCGUUGCCACUAAUUUUAAGUAUAGAUAACAAAUAAAAAAAAUACUAUUUUUAAAUUUCUGUAGGUGUUUUAUAGGCAUUUAGAUAUUGGCUUAACAGAAAUGCAAACUCUUUAUGUCCAACCAAGAGAAAUAUUUUGCUAUUAUAUAUUUUAGUCAGUGGUAACUACAGGUUUUAUACAGAGAAGCCAGGCAGUGUAAAAAUAUUCAUUAUUUAUUCACAAAUCAAUGCACACUACUAUUCAGGCAUAAACCAGCUUUCCAUUUAACUCAGUAUUCCCAUAAGGCCGCCUGUGUCAGGUGCAAAAGUGCUGUCCUGGCAGAUAUAGGCCAUCUGAUAAAUUUAAAUUCUUAGAAUAAUUCUUAUUAUAAAUUCUUAUUUUUAUUCUGUAUGAGGAUUUUCUGUAGAAAUGUAUUUAUCUUAAAGCUAUUUUUAAAACUGCUACUUUAUCGUUCAGAAGCGUGACUGAAAGCAGAUCUUGAUGCUUGGUGAGUUGCUGUCGGUGAUUUCUUUUUAGUGGAGGCUUUAGUGGAUGACACCCAUCACAGAGAGACAGGAAUUAGGGCGCUACCGAGUUCGGUAUUUAUGAAUAACUUUGUAUGGUACAAAGUAAAAAUUGCUACGGUAUAAAAUAACCCACCUUUAUACCAUAGUAUAAAGUAAAAAUCAGGAACCAGCUGAAGAAAGGUUAUUCAAGCAAGUAGUUUUGAAAAAAAGUAAAAUGUUUGAGGAGGAAAAACUUCCGUGUUGGCGUGGGAAACCUGCUGUUUGAGAUGUUUCCCAGGCAGUGCAGAGGGUUAUCCUGUUAGUAACACCCGGGGCUCUUGGAAAUGGACUUGUUGUGCUUUGAUAAGCAGUUUACCGCAUUCUAGUCCUCUGCUUUGGUGGCCACCACGAGAGCGGUCUUGUCCUGCAGGAGGUAGGCUGUGCCAGAAGGGCAUCCAGAGCCAGUGACCGCCCCGGCACCGGGGAGAGCCUAGGGGGCAGGCGGAGGGACCCCACCUCCUUUGGUGCCAUGGGACUUCCCCUGGUCCCAGCAUCUCCCAACCCAUCCCAGGCAUCAGCAGCGUCGGGGUCAAAGAAGGAGGUCGGUGGGGAAUUUGGGUGCCCUUCGGAAGGUCUUAAAGUGCUUGAGAUUACAGUUUCAGAGUCAGGUUUGAGUGGAAUUUCAACUCCCGAGUCCGUCAUUAGAGCAAACUCUCAAAGUCCACUCCUAGGAGACAAAUUUUUGAACAGUAGAUCGCACCGUGUAAUUCUUGCUGUACUGGUGCAUGUGUAUGCUUGUCCCAAUCUAGCACUAAGCUUUAUAGACACUAACAAAGAAAGCUUUCUGCACUAAUAAUCUUUUCCACAUGAUAGUUAAAAAACCUCUGCUAUCGUCCUUUAGGUCUUGGUGUACUGUUUCUGAAAAAAAAACAUUAGAAGGAAGAAAAGCUAUUUUGUUAGGUGUGUGCUGAAACUCCUGUAUGUUUUUCUUUUAAUACACCCUGACUAAAUGUGACUAAAUGUACAAGGUUUCAGAUA